GCGACAAAUUCUAAAGGAAUUCGUCUCUGGUGGAGCGCCGGCGCCUUUCCUCUGGAUUCGUGAUUCGAAAGGAAAACCUCAUCUGAUCGCUCGCCCGCCGGAAACGAAAGUUCAGCAAUUACUGUUUCAAAUAAUCGACUCGAUAUUCCGUUUCGUUUUCGUUACAGGACUCAGUUUGCAGAUGAUAAGAGAGCUGGUGGAAUAAACUCCACUAGCUCUCUCUCGAUAAUUUUAUAUAUAAUAUAUGAUGAUAGCGAAACUUGAAGCCGGGAUGCAGGAUGCAAUGGACGCUAGCAGUAAUCGGUACGCCAAGCUCUUGGAGGGUUCUUGGUUGAGCCAAUUUCGCCAUGGAUCGAACCCUUGGAUGGCUAGAUAUGUGUACAGUGUGAUGUUUCUAUUAGCCAACUUACUUGCCUGGGCUGUACGUGACUAUGGCCCAAGUGCAUUGACAGAAAUGAAUAGAUUGAAAAGUUGCAAAGGUGGUGAAGACUGUUUAGGCACCGAAGGAGUUUUGAGAGUGAGCUUGGGAUGUUUUAUAUUCUAUUUCACAAUGUUUCUUUCAACCAGCGGCACCUCAAAGUUGCAUGGACGAAAAGAAUUGUGGCAUUCUGGUUGGUGGUCAGCCAAGAUUUCCCUCAUGAUCGCAUUAAUCGUGCUGCCCUUCUUUCUUCCUACAGAAAUUAUUCUGAUAUAUGGGGACAUUGCACAUUUUGGUGCAGGGGUCUUUUUGCUAAUUCAGCUAAUCAGCAUAAUCAGUUUCAUUACAUGGCUGAAUGAUUGUUGUCUAUCCGAAAAAUAUGCCGAGAGAUGCCAUAUCCAUUUCAUGUUGCUUGCAACUACUGCAUAUGUUGUGUCCAUACUGGGGAUCAUUUUGAUGUACAUUUGGUACACGCCACAACCGACGUGCUUGCUUAACAUUUUUUUCAUCACUUGGACACUCGUACUCCUACAACUUAUGACUAGCGUUUCUCUUCACCCGAAAGUAAGUGCCGGCUUCUUGACUCCAGGUUUUAUGGGAUUGUACGUUGUGUUCCUUUGCUGGUCCGCCAUUAGAAGUGAACCACCAGAUGACAAAUGUCUCAGGAAUUCAGAAGCCUCAAGAGACUGGCUAACUAUGAUAAGCUUUGUUGUUGCACUACUUGCGAUGGUGAUUGCCACAUUUUCAACAGGCAUCGAUUCUAAAUGCUUUCAGUUUAAAAAGGACGAGACACAGGAUGAAGACCAUGUUCCUUAUGGUUUUGGAUUCUUCCAUCUUGUUUUUGCCACUGGAGCUAUGUAUUUUGCAAUGCUAUUAAUUGGUUGGAGUCCUAAUCACACAAUGAAAAAGUGGACGAUUGACGUUGGUUGGACAAGUACUUGGGUCAGAAUAGUAAAUGAGUGGCUAGCAGUCUCUGUCUACUUGUGGAUGCUMGUAGCCCCGAUAGUGUGGAAAACUAAACAUGUGGAGGAACCUAGAUAAGCAAAACUCUCAAGAACGGCAUCUGAUCUAUCUCCAUUGCUCAAGCAAGUUGGAAUUGAACGCAAACAACUUCUUCGACAUGUAUGUUACAAAAUUUACACGUAAUCAAAUGAUAUAGAAGCCGAAAGGAAUAUAAAAAAUGACAUCCAUGGAAUCUAUACGGACGUCCUUUGCUUAGACGUUCAUUCUUCUCACUUAUUUCUUCCAUGUGUUCUAUCUUGGAAGAAAAAAAAAUGAGAAAGCUAAGUAAGCAUAAGAUAGGAUAGGAUGCCAAUAGUUGAUGUAUUGAUCUGUGAGAGAGCUUUGUUGGAAGCUUUCCAAGUUACAAAAUGGUUUUAGGUCCACACAGUUUUGUAUAUUUUCUGACUUAUCUUUCAUAUAUUUUCCAAACCGUGUCCCAAAGAAGAUGCACAAAGGUAACUUGUGGCUUAAUUUCAAUUCCUUGAAAUAUUUGCGUUGAAUAAUGCUAAAGCUAACUACUUUCCAUCGCCACAAAAAAACCGAAGCCUGAACAAAACAACUUCUUUUCAAGGUUCAAUUAAAGCCCUACAUUAAAAAGAAAGGAAAACCUGGUUGAGCUCAAUGAAAGAUUUGCUUGCAUUAUUCAAGUCCACAAAUCAUUUGAACUUCCCAAAAUCA